UUGAACCUGGUUAUCUACCUAAUUCAUAUCCCGUCCCCUCCUUAACCAGGUGACGCCUUCCACCUCUGAGAUUUAUAUACUCAUGUGGAAUCUUACUCGAACCGCUUAGCUGCCUCGUUUAGAAACAUGUCAACUCUUAAAACUAAUAUAAUAAAUUAAGUAUUUUUAAUAACUAUAAAAUAUAGCUAAUGAAAGUAGUUUUUGAUAUUUGACUAAAACAAUAUUGUUUACAUGUUUCUAUGAGGUUUAUAUCACUCCUUCUACUGGCUUGUGCAUAAAUCCGUUUAUGAACAAAUCAGUGUUAACUAGCAGUGGCACUGAUACCCAUUUUUGUCUUUUUCAGAAAAGUGUUUUACAGUUUUCAAUAUUAAAUAGUAUAUUUUUGAUGAAAGAUAAAUUAAUUUAAUUCCGUCUAAGUACAAAGUAUACAUAAAGUGUUGAAACGUUUUAAUAGUUAUAAAAGUGAACUAAAGCUAACAAUAUGUGUUAAAAAUUAAAAGUGAUAAAAUGAUCUUAAAAAGAACUGACCGUUACAAGGAACUGUUUUAUGUGAAAAGUGUUAAAAGUAAAACGAUAUGGGAUGAGUCAUAGUGAGAGAUGUUAUGUCCAACCCACUGUCCAUACAAAAGAUGAUGCACGAAAUUCACGACAAUGCUGGAGCAGGUGCAAACGACGUGAUGGAGGAAAACGAGGGCGGUGGGAGUGGGGAUGCCGAGGUCGAUAUGGACGAUUUCGGCUCCCUCUCACUACCCCCCGAUCUUCCUCCAUAUUCAGGCGAUUAUAUUAUCAGUGACUACAUGGAACGUCUUGGAACACGUCUCAACAUCUUGGAAACCGAACUAAAAUAUGCGUGGCGAGCUCUUGAUCUACUUAGUCAAGAAUACGUAAGGAUGUGGGAUCGAUUAGAGAGGCUGGAGUCAUUACUUGCUGAUCAACAGGGUGUAAUAUCGACUCUUCUUGAUUUUUACGCAUGUCGUACUGUCACAUCCAGAGAUCCUAUGUCCAGGUUAGAGGUAAUCAGAGAGAUAUUAGGGAAUGGUACGGUAGAGGAUGGUAUAGAAGAAGGCUUAGACAUAGGAAGGAGUGCUGUACUACUUGACUCUCAAGAAGAAGCGAUGGAAUCCAAUGAGGCCUUUUAUAGAAGCUUAAAUCAGGCUUAUAGAGAAGAUUUGGUGUGUGAUGAAAAUUCAAGACCACCUUCACAAUUGGAUAUGAUCUGGGAAGCACCAGAAGAAACUGAUGUAGAAAUUAUACCCACUACAUCACGACAAAUUUAUAGUGCCAGUGAUUAUAAAAAUUACUGUGGAUUACAAGGUGGACCCGGUAUAAGUGAAAGAGAUAUGGUACACCUCUCUACCUUAAGUACAAUAGAUCAAAUUACAGUAGAUAAAUUACAUGAAUUAGAUAGGUUGACAACCCAAUUACAUAAAGAUUCGAGAGAGUUAAAAGACUUGAAAACUAGACUUCUUAGUCCGGAAAUAAAGAAGGCAGCAAAGCACGACAGAGAUAUUGAAGCUAAAACAUUGGUUGAAGAUGGGAAUAUCAUAAACGAGCAGUUAAAAAGUAUAUAUACUGGUGGUGACAACUGGGGUAUUAAUGACAUGAUGAAAAGUUUUGAUGAUUUUAUUUUAACAAUACCCAAAGAAAAUACAAUGAGAGACAAAUCUCCAUCAAGGUUGUCUCUUUCCGAACAUUCGGGAACGGAUAGGACUUUAGAUUAUUUGCCACCCACUUUAUCUCCUCGACGAAAAUAUGUACAUGAAAGAACAACAACAGAACCAUAUACAACCGUAACUGGGCGUUUAGCAUAUAGUUCAGCGGUAGCCAAUGCUGAAAUAGCAGCAAAAUCGUCAAAAUCACCCAGUGCAAUAUCAAGAGAGAGAUUUGAUUACACGCAGUAUCAAGGAACCGAUGCAACAAGGCAAAAUUAUUUUUCCACGAAAAGUACAACUCAAACUUUGACUGAAAUAUACAAAACAAGUACCGAACAACACUCUCCAGUAUCUGUUCAAGAUUUGUUUACUGUACCACCAGAAAACAUUAUAGAAAUAAACUUUGAGGAAAAUAGAUUACGAAAAUCUCCCAGUCCUCCGCCACCUGCACCUCCUAAUGGAACACAACUAUUUUCGUCAAUCGAUAAUAACAAUGAACUUUUGUCAGCUCACUCAUCUAUGUUAACAACAACAAUACCAACAGAAGGUAUGCGUUUAAGCCCUCGAUCACCUAAAUCUCCUAAGACCUCUCCAAAACACGUUAAAAGAGAUAGUACAAAUAUAGUAGCAGCAAAAUCUGAUUCCGGACUUUCUUCAAUGAGUGGCUGGUCUAGUUUGGAAAAAAGCCCUGGUUCCCCCAAAACAGGUAAAAUUGGUCAUUCUGUACAUGACAGUCACAAGACUAGAAUUUCUUCUCCACAAUCUGUUCAAAAAUUGAAUUUUGAAUUAGAUUCCAAGCCGUACUUAGAAACACUUGUAGAUUCAUACCAGUAUGAAGACAAAAGUGUCCAAAGAGAAUAUAACUUACGAAAAAGUGACAGCUUUAAAGACACUACUAUAGAUUUAAAUAGGUUACAGGAAAAAAUGGAUUCUAGUUUUAUAAAAAGUGAUAUUCCAUAUUCAAUAACGGAUGAAAAUACACUUAAUAAUAUAGAAUAUUAUUACCAAAAUGAAGCUCCUUCAAUAUACUCUGUGGCCGGAAAUAGGCAACCAAUUUUUACUACAGUUUAUAGUACGCCUAGGGGAAUGCUUUCAGAAGAUAGACAUUUUUCCGAGUUAUUAGAUAGAAAUGAAAUUACGGAGCCGGUUCCUAAGCAAAUAAUUGACUCUUAUCCGCCUGAACCUAGUUACCAUGCCCAAACUGUUGUUAUUUCAGCUUCAAAUGUAAAUAAGAAAUCUUUGACAAGAGCAAAUACGGUUGGGCCAAACGAUGUUCAUUUGCAUCAAAAUGGAUAUAAAGCCCAGAAUCAUCGUUCUGGAUACCCAACGGGAAAUCUUACUGAUGCAUUGUCAUAUUAUCCAACAUCUACUCGAUACGAUUCUCCUAAACGUGUUUCUGUUGAUGAUCGAAUAUCGUGGCAAAGCAAUAGAUCACCAACAAGUUCAAUGGAAACAUCUAGUCUAAAAUCUCAUUCAUUGAAUAUAACAGAAAGGAAGCAAUUUCAAAAUCAAUUACAACAAGAAUAUUUUAAGCAACAACAAUAUGAUCAACGAAAUGGUAAUGUUAUGAAUGACGUGCAAGAUGAUUAUGAUAAACAAGCUUUAGAUCAUAAUAUAAUGAGGAAAGAACAAUAUGUUGAUUCUACAGGCAUAUUGGUUUCGGAAUCAGGAUAUUUAUCAAUUUCAUCUAACUUAAAAGGAAAAACACAUGAUAAACAAUCAAAAAAACCUAAAAGAACGUCUUCUUUAAAAUCCGCCAUGUCUUCUAUGAGCCAUUGGCUUCCGGAUUUGCAUUUACCAAAAAAGCAUAGAUCGCAUUCUUUGCCAUCUGGAGUAGAUACCGUAGAACAGACUCAACAAGAAAAAUCUUUAAAAGAAAGAAUAUUGUCGGCUCAAAGACGAAAGAAAAAAUAUCAUUUAGUUGCAUCAAUGUCAGGGUUGUUGCAGAAAGCUAGACGAAAACAACAGGCUAGUCACCAGUCAUUGUCUGAUCCGGAAACUUCUGAAACGGAAUGGUCAGGUGGCCGUUCGAGUGCUCAAUCAGAGGAUUCUGAUAGUGUAUUUUCUGAUUCAACACACGAAGGAAACGUUUUUGCAAAGGUGCCACUAAAACCCAAGCAAAGAAAAGUUAAUCACCAAGAAAUAAUUGAACAGCAACAAAUGAUUCAAGAGUUACAAAAGCAAGGUGCGGAGUUUCAUGAAGGAGAUAAUGGUGAAAAUAUAAUGGAAGAAACUGAAAAAUUCCAAAGUGGAGUAUUGCCACGGGAUAAAAGUGAUGAUAUUGACUUUCAUUUCGCUCGUGUUAGUCAAAUGAAUCAAGGUAAUAUAACGGAUUUGGAAAAACUGGAUAUUGAUACGGAUAUAUCAAAUAUAGAUCCCUUUGAGGAGGAAUUAAAAGAUGAUAAUAGUGGACCUGCUUCUCUAUUUGCAACCGUAGGUGACGUCAAAAAAGCAGCUGCUUCUUUAGAUGAAGGAUUGAUUGAAAAUAAUAAACCAUAUAAUGGGAGCUCUCAAGAAUUCGCUGUAUCAAGAGCGUUGGGCAAAUAUCGAUUACGCAAAUCUUCAUCCGUUUCUGACGAUCAAAUAUCUGACACCUCCCCACCUAAGGCUGAUUCAGUCAUACCUGAAGAGCCAAGUCAUUCAGUAAAUCAAAAAGUCAAAAAACCAUUGAAAACAAGUCCUCCUGAAAUUAUCAGCAGCUCAGUUCCUGAAGAAUCAAUGGCAUUUUCAGAACGUAGUCCAUCUAUUCAAAGUUCUCGAGGUAUUCAAAAUAAGUUUCAACCACGACAACAACAAAGCUUAGAUAUUCCCAAUAAGCACGAUGAUGACGAUAGUAAAAGUACUCAUUCAUGGAGAAGUGGUUCUCGUGUGUCUUCUAGACGUCAAAGUACAGAAGAUAGCAUAGAUUCCGAAGAUGAGUGGUAUUGCUAUGAACUAAAAAAAUUAGAAGAAAUGGAACAGCAGUCGCAUCUGGAGGCAGAGAGAGAGAAAACAUUGGAAGAAGAACCUGAAAUUGAAGAAGAAUUACCAGAGGAACCGAAUGAAAAUUUAAAAGAAAAAAUGUCGUUUGUAUUAAGGGAAUUAAAACUCAAAACAGCUACGAUAAAAGUAAAGUGUGAUGAAGAACCUGCAGAAGAUACAUGGAAGGAUGUGACAACAUUUCCAGUAAUAGAUGAAAAAGCUGACAGCGAUGUAACUCCAGAAAGAGAAUCGGAUGAUGAUAAAUCGUAUGCGGACUCGGGAUCGGGUGAAACAUCUGGCCCUGAUAGCCCUGUCCAAAGUGGUGAUGAGUUCGAUGAGGAUUACGAUAUGCCACAACCACAUCAAGACCCUAUCCCAACUGAACCAAUUCCACAGCAAGAUGCUCCAGUUGGUAGUAAAUGGAAAUUACUAAAAGCUUUAAAAGACCGUAAAGCCGAAGAAAAAGCAAGUGAAACGCCUGUCGCAACUACUCCGUCUACCGAAAAGGAUAAAGUUAGCGCUGGUAAUGGAACCGGCGGUUUCAACGAGCAAGGCGGCAGGGGGAAUGGACACCCCGGGGAUAAUCCUUUCUAUAGCAACAUUGACAGUAUGCCUGACAUUCGGCCGAGAAGAAAAUCCAUUCCAUUGGUAUCGGAACUUACGAUGGCUGCCACAAAGAGGAACGCAGGUUUAACAUCAGCGGUUCAUCGGGCUACUUUGAAUGAUGAAGAAUUGAAAAUGCACGUUUACAAGAAGACAUUACAAGCGUUAAUUUAUCCGAUAUCAUCAACAACACCACACAACUUCGUCCUAUGGACAGCUACGUCACCGACAUACUGCUACGAAUGUGAAGGCUUGCUGUGGGGUAUUGCAAGACAAGGGGUCAGGUGUACAGAGUGCGGUGUGAAAUGUCACGAGAAAUGCAAGGAUUUGCUCAACGCUGAUUGCCUUCAGAUGUGUUUCGCAGGGGCCGCUGAAAAGUCUUCCAAACAUGGCGCCGAAGAUAAGGCCAAUUCCAUCAUCACUGCCAUGAAGGAACGAAUGAAGCAACGAGAGAGAGAUAAGCCAGAAAUCUUUGAAUUAAUCAGGCGGACUUUUAACGUCGACCCCGACACUCACAUAGACAGCCUCGAUCAGGCUGAGCAAAUCACUAUUGAAGGGACUUCAAAAUGGUCCUGCAAAAUCGCCAUCACAGUUAUCUGCGCUCAAGGGCUGAUAGCCAAAGAUAAAAGUGGAACCUCGGAUCCGUACGUAACCGUCCAAGUAAGCAAAGUUAAGAAGAGGACCAGAACCAUGCCUCAAGAACUAAACCCAGUUUGGAAUGAGAAGUUUUAUUUCGAAUGCCACAAUUCCUCGGAUCGGAUAAAAGUAAGAGUUUGGGAUGAAGACAAUGACUUGAAAUCAAAACUUCGACAAAAAUUGACAAGAGAAUCUGAUGAUUUCUUGGGUCAGACCAUUAUUGAGGUUCGAACAUUAUCCGGUGAAAUGGAUGUCUGGUACAACUUGGAGAAAAGGACAGACAAAUCCGCUGUAUCCGGAGCUAUCAGACUUCACAUCAACGUUGAAAUAAAAGGAGAGGAAAAAGUCGCACCUUAUCACGUCCAGUACACAUGCCUUCACGAGAACCUAUUCCAUUAUCUCUGUGAGGAAAAUGGCGGCGCGGUUACUCUGCCCGCCGCGAGAGGUGACGACGCGUGGAAGAUCUACUUUAAUGAUAUACCCGAAGAAAUAGUUGAUGAAUUUGCAAUGAGAUACGGAAUAGAGGCUAUUUAUCAGGCAAUGACACAUUUCCACUGCCUCUCGACGAAAUACCUCUGCGCUGGAGUUCCGGCUGUCAUGUCUACGUUGCUAGCUAAUAUCAAUGCUUACUACGCCCAUACGACUGCCUCCUCAGCUGUAUCGGCCUCGGACCGAUUUGCCGCUUCCAACUUUGGUAAAGAAAAAUUCGUCAAGCUACUUGAUCAGUUACAUAACUCUCUCCGAAUCGAUCUAUCAAUGUAUCGAAAUAACUUCCCGGCAUCGAGCGCUGAAAAACUUAUGGAUCUUAAAUCUACCGUCGACUUAUUAACGAGCAUCACUUUCUUCAGGAUGAAGGUUCAAGAGCUCAGUAGUCCACCAAGAGCUAGUACUGUUGUCAAGGAUUGCGUUAAAGCCUGCCUUAGAUCGACAUAUCAGUUCUUAUUCGAAAACUGUUAUGAGCUCUACAACCGUGAGUUCCAGGUUGAUCCAAACGAAGCCAAACGUGAUCCGUCUGAUCAUGGGCCGCAGUUGGAUUCCGUGGAUUUCUGGCACAAACUGAUAGCACUCAUCGUAUCUGUGAUAGAAGAAGAUAGGAACAGCUACGCUCCCGUCCUUAACCAGUUUCCUCAAGAACUAAAUAUUGGACAGUUGUCAGCAGCAACAAUGUGGUCUCUAUUUGCCGUGGAUAUGAAGUACGCUCUGGAGGAACAUGAACAGCAUCGGCUCUGCAAGUCUUCCGCUUAUAUGAAUCUGCAUUUCAAGGUAAAAUGGCUACACACAAACUAUGUAAAGGAUGUUCCUCCAUAUCGUAAAGCCGUCCCCGAGUAUCCAGCAUGGUUCGAACCGUUCGUGAUGCAGUGGCUUAAUGAAAAUGAUGAUGUAUCUUUGGAAUACCUGAAUGGAGCCUUCAAUAGAGAUAAGAGAGACGGGUUCCAAAAAUCUAGUGAACAUGUACUCUUCAGUAACUCAGUGGUGGACGUCUUCACUCAACUCACUCAGUGCUUCGACGUGGUAUCAAAACUUGAAUGUCUUGAUCCGGAAAUUUGGAAGAGGUAUAUGAAGAGAUUCGCCAAGACCAUCGUAAAAGUACUCGUAGCGUACGCGGACAUCGUGAAGAAAGAAUUUCCUGAACAUUUAAAAGAAGAGAGAGUGGCUUGUAUUUUAAUGAACAAUAUCCAGCAAUUGCGUGUGCAACUUGAAAAGAUGUUCGAAGCCAUGGGUGGAGAAAACCUUGAACGCGAUGCAGCCGAUAUCCUCACUGAUUUACAAGCGAGCCUUAAUAGCACCUUGGAUGAACUCGCUUCUAUGUUUGCUAACAGUCUGGAGACGCGAAUCACGGCGAGCGUGAAAGAGCUCGGAGAGUUGCUGCAGAAAGUAGGCGGCGGAGCGGCGGUGCCGGGCGCGCCGCAGCCUCCCGCUCACCACGAGGCGGACGAGGUGCUGCGACCUCUCAUGGACAUACUGGAUGGCUCAUUAACAAUGUACGCGGUAUCUUGUGAGAAAACAGUCCUCAAGAGGCUUUUGAAAGAAUUGUGGAAGAUCGUAAUGCAGAUACUGGAAAAGACUGUGGUCCUUCCUCCAAUGACCGAUAAGACGAUGAUGUUGAAGAAUCUGACAAACAAUGCAAAGAAUUUAGCAGCAAAUGCGAAGAUCGAAGAUAUGACGCAGCUCUUCAAGAGCACGGUCGGUAAACAGGAUGUCAAACAUGCACUUUCCGGCGUUAUGGAUAUUUCGAAGGAGCACUUAUCGGCAGAGAAGAGUCUAACGCCAAAGCAAUGCGCGGUCUUGGGUGCAGCGCUGAAUACCAUCAAGCUGUACUUCCACGCGGGUGGCAGUGGUCUCAAGAAGAAUUUCCUGGAAAAAAGUCCAGAGCUAAAAUCGUUAAGAUAUGCACUAAGUCUAUACACUCAGACCACUGAUACUCUCAUCAGAACGUUUGUCACCAGUCAGCAGAAUCAAGAUGCAGCGGUUGCAGAGGAAGGUAGCGUAGGCGAGGUUUCACUUCAAGUAGAUCUGUUCACACAUCCUGGUACGGGUGAACACAAGAUAACAGUGAAAGUGGUUGCUGCAAAUGAUCUGAAGUGGGUGAUCGCUAGUGGAAUGUUCCGUGCAUUCAUUGAAGUAAAUCUGAUUGGACCACACCUGGCCGAUAAGAAGAGAAAGUUCGCCACGAAGUCGAAGAGUAAUAACUGGAGUCCUAAAUUCAAUGAGACAUUCCACUUUAUGGUGAGUGCAACUGAACAGCUGGAGCUGUUUGAACUGCACGUAUGUGUUCGAGACUAUUGCUUCGCGAGAGAGGACAGGCUCGUAGGCGUCGCAGUCAUGCGUCUUGCUGAUAUUGCAGAACAGGGAGCAUGUGCGUGCUGGCUUCCACUCGGCACUCGCGUGAAGAUGGAUGAGACCGGCUGGACAAUACUUAGAAUACUCUCUCAGAGGCAUAGCGAUGAAGUAGCGAGAGAGUUCGUCAAACUGAAAUCGGAAAUGAGAGCAGAAGCACCUGCCGGUAGCCAAGGACCUUCGUGAAGACCUCCGUAAGGAAUCACCGCGUGAUACAUUUCAGCAAGCCAUUCCAUUUGGAUCUUCCAUACCUAGGAUUACGACUGGAAAAAACCGGUUGUGAUAUGUUAAAUCAUAGUGCUAAUGGGGCGACCUCAGCGUUUUGUCCACGUUGGACAAACCGAAGAUUAGAAGACGAAAUUCAAAGCUAUUUCACCAUCAAGAGACAAACUCAAGAUCGAAAUAUUAAUAACAAUUCGGCGCUCCGGCGGUUACCGGUCAGUGCUCGUACGUUUCGUUUAUAUUCUCGACGUCGAGAGAAAUCGUUUUGUAAAUAAAUUUACGAUGUUAAGUUACGCGAAUAGUAGAAUAUUUUGCACAAAUUCGAAUCAUUAGCCAAAAAGACUGACCGUAGGCGGCCGGGCGCUGCUACGUCCGCCGAUCUUAGGCAUACAGCAAAAUAAAGAUUGUUCAAAUACAUAUAUCGCCAUUGAAUUGCGGAAAACCGUAUCCGUUUGCGUUAUAUCCAUGAAACUAUUGAAAUCGAGCACAAAAUUUAUCUAUAAACACAGAUGUAUUUCAUUUCUUCCAUUACGUAUUAUAAAAAUAUGUAUAUAUUGCAAUCGUUGAUGCAUUGAAGCUUGAAGCGUUAUCUUUCAGACUCCGAGUUUCAUGGAUGUUAACGUUGUGUAAUUUUGCUGCAUACCUAAAGUUGUGUGUGGACAUUUCGACACACACGAUUAAUGUAUUAAAUAUACUACUUGUAUGGACCAAACCGUCGUUAAUACGGACGCAUUACCUAUUUCCUUAACCCCUAAUAUUAAAUCAACAUUAUUUAACUACUUAAUCAUCUUAUCGUUAUACGUGUACAGUAAAUAAUAUAUGGCCUUAUGUAAAUUAUUUCCUUCGUUUGUUGGUAUACAUAAUAUGCUUCUGUCGAGGAACAUGUAAAAGUAUUAACGUAACAUUGAGUGUUCGGAUGCGAUGCGAAUUAUACGUUUUCCGUUACCGCGUGGUGUUUGUCAUGCUCGAGUAAAUGCACGUUUAGGAGAUGAGUGUUCUAAAAUUGGAUUAAUAUAAGUAGUAUGAUUUAUCGUAAAAUGUACGGUCUUGUCAUCUUUUAUAAAAAACUCCUUUAUGUCCCGUUUUAAGUGAUCCGCAUUGUACGAUGUGAUCUUAAAUUGUAUAUAAUAACAAAAAAAAUGUUAAAGAAUACGUAUAUCACCUAUUUGCUCUUACUUUUUACGCUUGACCUGUUUAAACAUGUUAUUCUAAAUCUCCUGUCUUUUGUAUAUUAUUGAAAAUUGUGAUAUUGUUAUAAAAUGAGAAACAGUUAUCGUAACUGUGGAUAUUUAUAUGGACUUGCUUUAUAAGAGUUCAUAUUGUGUGUUUAUUGUUAAAAUUGGCUUCUCAUUCGUUUGUUGUUCCGAACGGGACCUCGAUACUAUAUCCGUUUUAUUCACUUUCUAUAUAAUUCUAAAUAUUGUUCGUAAAAUCCUUAAAUAUUAUAUCCUAAUGUUAGAUAUUCAGUGCUCAAAUAUAUUUUUUUGUUUAAACGUUAGUAUCGUUAUUGUAAUGUAUUCAUUUGCGAUGGCAAAAUAAUAUUAAAAAUUUACCCACUCCAGGCCAAACGGUUAGCGAAUUACACGGAGUUCGAUAAAUUCACAUAAAAAAAAACAUUGUGUUUUCAAUACUACAUUUCACACUUUACUCGCAAACAUCCGUAAAUAAGAUAAAAAUCAGUUUUACUGAAAUAUUUCGUCGGAGCUGUUUGACCUUCACGCGUGUCGACUCACCGGAAAAUAAAUAAAGCUUAUCAUGCCGGUAAUUGAAAUAUUACUUAUAAAUAAUAAGCACACGAUUUAAAAACGAUCGCUUCUUUUAUACAAAAUCGUAUUAUAAUAAAUCGAGGUGUAGCGUUGAAAACACAAAACAGCACAUCACUUAACAAACACGGGAAUUAGAUUUUCUAUAUAUUAGUAUUUAUCAUGGAUUACAUAUCUGUAGAGUGUGGUUUGUCUAGUCCAAAUCUCAAUAAUAUAUUUAAAGAUAUAUUUACUCGUCUUAUUAAAUAAAUUAAAUCAUUUCUUGAGUGAUUUUAGUGUUUUCGGACUGAAUAUGUUCGUAGUUUCAUUCUCCUUUAGUAUAUUUAUUUUAAAGCACACAACCACAAUACGAUUAUGUAAAAUGUUAUAUAAAAUGUAAUUAUCGUUUAACAGAUAAUAAAUAAAAUAUAUCUCGUGUGCUUUAUUAUUAGGAGUUGUUUAGAAGAAUUGUUUUAGAAAAAUGUACCUUAUGAAUGGAUAGAAUUGAUGUCAGAUAAAUUAUGUAUUCAAUGUUUAUCCUCUCAAAGUAAUUAAUCGAUAUUUGGUUAUAAAUUCAUUUCAAUAAAUGGUGACUAUUACAAGGUCGAAUAGUAAACUUUUCAAAGUCAGAUUUCUCACUUUAAUUAGAUAUCCAAUACGGAAUAAUAGAUUUCCUUACAGAAAAAAUGUUAUGCAUUGACGAUAAAUCACGACUGUAUAAUUUUGUAUAUAAUUGCAAAUGUACGACCAUCGCAUUGAUUGUAAACAAAGAUCCCACUAUCUGCAUAAACUUCCAAUUUCAUUAUAAGUUUUGUUCAUUAAGAUCUUUUUUAUAUUUGACAAUUUUUUUAUUUGAAUUAAUCGGUUUAUGAAGAUACUGCGAUCGAGCCAGCAAUAAAGAAAAGCGCACAGCCUUCAUUCAACUUCAUUAAUAUUUUACUCCAUAUACCAUUGACACAUUAAAAAAAACCUUUGCCAUUUGACAAUACUUGGUAAAUAUUAUUUUUAAGUGUAAAAUGUGAUGAUCACGUCAUCAUAAUCAUUAUAAGACGUUUACGCUCCAAUUCUAGUAUUAAAUCACUAACAUUGCAUGUAUCUUUGUAUAAAUGCAUAUAUGUAAAUGUUACAUGUUUAAACACAUUAUUGAAUUUAGAAUUUUUAUGAAAAAAAAUAAAUAAAUAUCCGUAUUUCAAAUAUA